CCUUCCUCUAACCUACUUUUGGUUUCUCAUGAGAAGCACCAUUUCUGCCUGAGACGCGUGGAAAGAGGUGUAGAUAUAGAUAUUCUCAGUGUCUAGAUGGAGCCCUCAGGCAUCCCAGAGUCCACCACCCCUUAUGAUUAUGAUUCGCAGAGCCUUUUGUGUGAGACUCAGACCUUCACCUUUGCGACCUUCAACACCACCAUCCUGUACUGCCUGGUGUUCUUCCUCAGCCUGGUGGGCAACAGUCUGGUGUUGUGGGUCCUGGUGAAGUAUGAGAGCCUGGAGUCCCUCACCAAUGUCUUCAUCCUCAACCUGUGCCUCUCAGACCUGGUGUUCUCCUUCCUGUUGCCUCUGUGGGCCUUGGUGUACCACUGGGGCUGGGUGCUGGGAGACUUCUUCUGCAAGCUCUCCAACAUGAUCUUCUCCAUCAGCCUCUCCAGCAGCAUCUUCUUCCUGACCAUCAUGACCAUCCAUCGCUACCUGUCUGUGGUCAGCCCCCUCUCGUCCCUGAGAGUCUACACCCUCCAAUGCCGCGUGUUGAUGACCACAGCUGUGUGGGCCGUCAGCAUCCUGUCCUCCAUCCCCGAUGCCAUCUUCCACAAAGUGUUUGAUCCUCCAGAAUAUUCAUCGGAACCUUCGAAAUGUGAUUAUUCAGAACUCAAGUGGUACCUGGCCUCGGUCUACCAGCACGUUGUCUUCUUCCUGCUCUCCAUGGCGAUUAUCCUGUUCUGCUACGUGGAGAUUCUCAGGACUCUGUUUCGCUCGCGGUCCAAACGGCACCACCGGACAGUCAGGCUCAUCCUCACCAUUGUGCUGGCACACUUCAUCAGCUGGGCUCCCUACAACCUCAUCCUGUUCCUGCAAACACUGUUGAAACUUAAGAUCAUUCAGAGCUGCAAGAUCUACUGGCAGCUGGAUUAUGCCUUGCUCAUCUGCCGUGAUUUUGCCUUCUCCCACUGCUGCUUCAACCCAGUGCUCUAUGUCUUUGUCGGGGUCAAGUUCCGCAGACACCUCAAAAGUCUGCUCCGGCACUCCGGGCUCUGCCGGUCACAGGCACCCAGCCUUUCCCCGUUACCUCACUCCCCAGGUGCUUUCCACUCUGAGGGCGCCUCCUUCUAUUGAAAGGGAGUUUGGCGCUGCAGGUUGAGAUGGACAGAAAAGAUGGAGGGGGAGCAAAGAGAAGUGGUACAAGAAAGAGCAUUGCAGAAGGCACAACGCUGGGGAUGCUACGGCUGCAGGGGUGGGAGAUGAAAGAAAUACGUUAUACCAGGAGGUCCUACUGCAGAAAAGGUGCUCCCUGCCUGGAAAUUUUAUAUUGCCAUCAAGAAAAACAUUUCUUAGAUUCUGAGCUUAUUAUUCAUUCCUUCAUUUAUUCAUUCAUUUAGACAUGGGUUUGUUAUCAUUGCUUAGUUCAGAAGGUUCUAAAACAUGAAAGGGUUCCCAGAAAGGAGCAUCCUUCAAGACUUGAUAAGGGGCUGAAACUCAUGUGUGAUAAUUGUGCAAAUGUAGGCUGCUGGCAAGACAGUCUCUCCCAUUCCUGACUGUACGGUUGUCCCAGCUAAUUUUAGAGAGCAUUCCUCAGUGAUGACUGGAUGAGGACAAAAGUACCCACAUCCUCAAAUCUGGAUUCUAAAAACCUACAACUGGACUGGAGAUGUGUUCUGCAUCAUAAUUCCAACUUCUAGCAUAUGUAGUCCAUAGAUCUUUUAUUGAAAAAAAAGAAUGAAUUCAGUAAGUGCUGCCGUCUGCAUGAAGCAAGUACUUGGAGAAUAUAAAGAUGAACAAGGUCCCAACGUCCAGCUCUGAAGGCCCAGGCUGGCAUCCAUCUUGGUGAAGGCAGCCAAGGUGA